AACUGUACUUGAUAAAUGGGACCCACCCACAGUGAUCAACUGAUCUGGUACUGGGUCCUGGAACUGGGCCUGCUCUCCAUAGUAACCUCUCCGUCUAAGAAGGCAUCAGCCAGCUUUUAUCCACAGGAGCAAAGUGCACAGCCACAGGAGGCAGGGCUUAAAGUCUGCCUUUUACUGCAAGUCAACCAGCAAGUCUGUGCAGUUGAUCCAGUCCGUGCAACCAUGUUUGUUUCAAUUGUUCUGUUGUGGCUCUGUGUUUGGUUCAUCAUCCUCCAGUUCAAGUCAAAGAGGCCUAAGAACUUCCCACCAGGACCCCCCGUCCUUCCCAUACUGGGAAACCUGUUGCAUCUGAGCCUGGAAAACCCCUUGAAGGACUUUCAGAGGCUGAGACAGUCCUAUGGAAACGUCUACAGUCUGUUCAUUGGUCCCAAACCGGCUGUAGUCAUCAACGGGUUGAAGGCCAUGAAGGAAGCCAUGGUGAUCAGGGGUGCUGAUUACGCUGGACGACCCCAGGACCUGCUGGUUAAUGAAGUCACCCAGCGGAAAGGAGUGAUCCUGGCCGACUAUGGCUCUAGUUGGAGGGACCAUCGUCGCUUUGCUCUGAUGACUUUAAGGAACUUCGGUCUGGGAAAGAAGUCAAUGGAGGACAGGAUCCAUGAUGAGAUCCAAUACACCAUUAAAACACUGGAAACCAGCAUUGGAAAAACACUGAGUCCUGAGGUCAUGUUCCAUAACGCAUCUUCUAACAUCAUCUGCCAGGUUCUCUUUGGUAAACGUUACGAGUACGAUGAUGAGACCAUCAAAACGAUUGUUCACUGUUUUACUGAGAAUGCCAAAAUAGCCAACGGACCGUGGGCUAUGAUGUAUGACUCCUUCCCUGUUAUUCGUAACCUGCCACUGCCAUUCAGAACGGCCUUUAAGAACGCUGAGAUUUGUCAAGGAAUUGGAAUUAAUUUACUGAACGAGCACAAGCAGACCAGAGUUCCUGGAGAUCCUCGAGACUUUCUGGACUGCUACCUGGAUGAGCUGGAUAAGAGAGGCGACGAUCCUUCAUUUUCAGAGGAACAACUCAUCAUGUACGCUCUCGACCUUCACUUUGCUGGAACUGACACCACCUCCAACACCCUCCUAACUGCUUUUCUUUACAUGAUGAACUACCCACACAUACAAGAGCGGUGUCAGCAGGAGAUCGAUCAGGUGUUGGAGGGAAAGGGUCGACCCAGUUACGAGGACAGAAAUAACAUGCCAUACAUGCAGGCUGUGAUCCAUGAAGUCCAGAGGAUUGCCAACACGGUCCCUCUCAGCGUCUUUCACUGCACGACUAGAGACACUGAGCUGAUGGGAUACUCCAUUCCCAAGGGUACAAUGGUCAUCCAGAACCUGGCCUCAGUUCUGAUGGAGGAGGGACAGUGGAAGUUUCCUCAUGAGUUCAACCCUGAAAACUUCCUGAAUGACCAGGGAGAGUUUGUUAAACCAGAGGCCUUCAUGCCUUUCUCUGCAGGUCCUCGGAUGUGUCUGGGAGAGGGUCUGGCUCGUAUGGAGCUCUUCCUCAUCAUGGUGACUCUGCUGAGGAAAUUUAAGUUCAUCUGGCCUGAAGAUGCUGGAGAACCAGACUUUACUCCCGUCUAUGGUGUCACUCUGACUCCCAAACCUUAUCGCAUGAAGGUCAAGCUGAGGUCAGCGACAUGAGGAGGCAGCAGUCGCUUGGCAGACACAGAUUAACGUUGGCUGCAAGUUCACAGCUGACUGCUAAGGUUUUAUGGUGCUUUUAAUUACAGUUAACAGGGUGAAGGACAUCUGGACUGACUUCAUUAGUUUUUCCUUCAUUGUUUGAGCUAAAAAUACUUACAAAACCUCAUCCAUCUGCCAUAAGUUGCUCAGCUGUGACCAUAGUUUCUGUUUACCGGCAUAUACGGGUCAGUUAUGAGUUAAUAACCUCAUCAGUUCAGCAUGUGUGAUGUCUUUUUUCUGCUUUUAUCGAGAAAUAACUUCUGAAAAUGUCAAUUUUUCAGCUUGGUUUGGAACAAAUGACAUACAUUUAAUUAAAAUGGAAAUGCA